AUGGCGAAUGCUAGACGACCAACAAUUAUUGAGUUUGAUAGCCUUAAUUUACCGGAAAUUGGUCGCAGGUUUAAAAACAAUAAUAACGAGUGCAUCCGGUGGUGCAGGGAGUUUGGUUUACUUGCUAUCAAUAUGAUCUGUCCUCGAUGUAACAUCCAGUGCAACGAACAAAAUAGCCAUAAUGUCGAUGGAAAGAUUUGGAGAUGCAUGCAAAAACAAUGCAAAAAGAAAAUAAGUAUUCGUGUUGGAAGUUUUUUUGAAAGAUCUCAACUGAAACUUUGGCAAAUAAUAGGUAUUACCUUUAUUUGGACUCGUAGCGCCGGAAAAAGUCGUGGCCUUACAGUAGAAGACAUUCAAAAGGAUUUAGAAAUUGGUAGCAAUAAAACUGUAGUUGAUUGGAAUCAAUUUUGUAGAGACAUUGCCGUUACUUAUUUCCUUAACAACCGUGUGCAAUUAGGAGGGCCAGGUUCAAUAGUGGAAAUAGAUGAAUCACUUUUUUCAAGAAGGAAAUACAACCGGGGUAGAAUUGUAGAAGAUCAAUGGAUUUUUGGUGCGUACGAUAUAGCAACUAAAGAAGGGUUACUCAUUCCUGUAGCGAACCGCGAUGCAGCAACCUUUUUACCCGUCAUUAUACAAUGGAUUCGUCCUGGAACUGAAAUAUGGAGCGAUAUGUGGGCAGCAUACCGAGGUUUAGCUGCGCAAGGUUUUCAACAUGGUACAGUAAACCAUACUUUACCGCAACAAAUGUUACAACAAACAGGGUUGAGGCAAUGUGGCAAAGAAGCAAAGCCAAAUUUAAAGCUAUGUUUGGGCCCACAAAUAAAGAAAUUAUUCCCGAUUAUUUGUCAGAAGUUAUGUGGGCACAACGUUUUAAAGAACACUCUUAUUUUCACUUUUGGAACCAAGUUGUCGAUGAAUAUCCCGUUUGAUUAUAAUUUUUGUAUAUAG